CCAACUGCUAGUCUCUUGUGAUCUUCUGAUCUGCGAGUCACUCGCCCACGUUUCAACGGUCACCACAUUCCUCCUUUUGAAUAAGAUAAGCAGGCAUUCCGAUGCCGACCAAUACUGAUAGUGUUUCGUGCGCUUCUUUGACCGAGUCGACUGGUCUAAAUGUCCGUCUUUCCAAGGUUCUGCGGGUUGCCUAAGGGCAGAUCGAAUAGGCACACCAAGCUCUUAUUCCCAGUUCACCUGGCUAGCUUGACACAACAUCAAAUUGGUCUGGGAUGCGCACAAGACUUACCUGCUGCUGUCUCACAUUGACGAAGUUCGGCUUUCCCCGCGGAAUCCCUACUUGUUCAUCGUUCGUCAGGGCUUCAAAUCUAAUGCGUCAUUAUGGAAGUGAGAUUAGACACCCAAGGAAAAGAAAGAUGAGAAUAAGAUCUUGGGUUGAACAGCUAUUUCCCCACUGACAAUGGGCGACGCUGGGGAUAAAAAGCGCGGCGGGAGGCCGGGCUGCUGACAAUAUCCACAGCAUCGACGCUGCAGACACUGACGUCUAUGCUUGCUCAUCCAGAUCGCAGCCAUCGCAGCCUGAUUACCUUUUCACUACGAACCUCCGUUUGCCUUCCUGCCUCACACUGCCUCGUCGACGUCCGCCAUACCUGACAGCCUUGAGUCUUACCCCGAGACUGCAAUAUCUGGGGCUCAAUGGAAACUCCACCACACUCGUUGCCUAUCCAGAAGGGUGUCUCCCAAACAAAACCCCAAUGAAGCGCGGCAAUUCCGCCGUUGGAGAAGUUGGAUGACAGCCCAAUAUCUCUCCCCGCACAUGCUCAAGCUCGGUACCAUAGCCUACGGCUAGCGGGGUAUUCGAGGUUUGAUGGCAUUGAUCUAUAGAAGAGUUCUCAUAUUCGCAGCCUGCUUUGACUGAGAAAUUCGACCCUCCAAGAUCAGCUGCUCUUCCCUCGAACGGUUUCAAUACAUCGGAAAAAAGAGGCAACCAAUCACCUCGACACCAUGCGUCUCGACUACGUCCCCAACCCUCCAACCAAUCUCUCCCCGGAGGACCAAGAGGUCCUGGAGCGGGUCAAGGCACGCCGGGGUGCCAUGGGCCUUAUCGCGCUGGAUUUAACCCUUUUGCAUGCUCCCAAGAUCGCAGAUGGUUCGUCGUAGCCGGUUACUGGGAAUCCCGGUGUCCAGCGCUAACAGAUUGCUAGGUUGGAACGCCCUCCUCGGCGCGGUGCGGACGAAGAACUCCCUGCCAGACGAUAUCCGCGAGAUCGCCAUCUGCCGCCCAGCCUUGAUCAACCGAGCCUGGUUCGAAUGGAAUGCCCACGCCCCUAUCCUCUUGAACUCCGCUGGCUUUUCGGAAGAAAAACUGUCUGUGGUGAAACAGCUGCACCCGACGUCCAAGGGAGCGCUCGACGAUCGCCAAUGGGCCGUUCUGAGAUAUGCGGAUGCCAUGACUCGGGAGGUGUCUGUCCCUCAGAGUGUCUUUGACGAAGUCAAGGCUGCCGGUUUCAGUAACCAGGAGAUAGUCGAGAUGACGGCCACAGUUGCGAGUUACAACAUGGUCAGCCGGUUUUUGGUCGCAUUGGAUAUUGGAGAGGCAAACGACAAGGCUCCAGAUUUUGCCAAAUAGGGGAGAAGCGCUGGACGGAAUCCUUUUGACAAGGAUUGGACCAAGAGUCGCUCCUUGCUCAGCUCCAGAGGCUAUCUUCAUUUAAACCAUAUCGUAUAAGACAGUCGCUUGACUCUUAUCAAAGUAACCUCCAG